AUGUAUCGUGCCCGCGGCGGUGACCGUGGGCGGGGACGUGGGGGGAGAGCAGGAGGCGGUGGCGGGCGGGGCAAAGGCGGAAGGGGUCGCGCGGGGGGAGGAGGAGCCGGGCGGAAAAGACCUCGGAACGAGUUAAUUGACGACGGGGAGCGGGAAGAGUCGUUUUUCGCGCGGGCGGAGGAGGCGGCGGAAGAGGACGCGGAGAUCGGAUCGGACGGGGAGGGGGAGAAUGCGCGCUUGGCGGAGAGCGCGGAGGCGAAGCGCCUGCGCAUUGCGCGGUCGUACCUGACGGAAGUGAAGCGAGCAGCGGCGCUGGCCGCGCGGGAGAAGGCGGACGAAGAGGCGGAAGAGGCGGAGGAUAGAAGCGGGGAAGGGGAGAGCGAAGAUGAGGAGGAGGCGGAGGAAGGGGAUGGAGACGAGGAGGGGGAGGAGGAAGGGGACGAGGGUUUAAGGGAGGAGCAGGACGCGAUAAUAGCUGCCCGAUUAAAGCAAGAUGCGUUAGAAGAGAGCGGCAGGGUGAUCCGGCGAAUCGCAACCCGGUUCAUCCCGUCUACGUCAGCAUCGCCAGGGCAAACAGUGGGACGCAGACAUAAGCAGUCGGUGACAGGUGUCGCGCUCUCAUUGGACGACAGAACGGGCUUCGCGGUGUCAAAAGACGGGCUAAUAGUGGGCUGGGACGUCGAGUCGGGAACCAGCUUUAAGUUUCCCUGGCCCGAAAACUCAAACCCCAACUCCCGGUCGGAUGGGGGCGCGGGGGCAGGUGGUGGAGGCGGAGGCGGAGGGUGGAAUAAAGGGAAGGGGAAGGGGGGGAAGAGCAGCCGGCACGUGCUGAGCGUGAGUGUGAGCGACGACGGGCGGUACCUGGCGGCGGGGGGGCUCGACCGCAUGGUGCACCUGUGGGACGCGCGCACGCGCGCGCACGUCAAGUCGUUUGCGGGCCACAGGGGGGCGGUCAUGUCUCUCGCCUUCCGGCCGGCAUCGCUCGACCUUUUCUCCGCGUCCGCCGACCGCAGCAUCAAGCUGUGGAGCUGCGCUGAUGUGGCGUACAUGGAUUCGCUGUUCGGCCACCAGGCGGAGAUAGUGGCGCUACAGGCGCUCAGGCAGCCACAGAGGGUCGUCUCUGUGGCGAGGGACCGUACCUGCAGGCUCUGGAAGGUGCGUGUGGGUGGGAAGAAGGAGAACGGGUGUAUUCCUGGAGGAGGUGAGGUGCUUUCUGGUAAAACAGGCGCUCAGGCAGCCGCAGACCAGGGACCUUACCUGCCGGCUCUGGAAGGUUCGUGUGGGUGGGGAAGGGGUGGGGGGUAUGUGCACAGCACACCAGGGGGGGAUAGUGCGCUGCAGGCGCUCAGGCAGCCGCAGAGGUGCUGUUUGGCGGUCUCUGUGGUGAGUGACCAUACCUGCCAGCUUUUGAAGGUUCAUGUGGUUGGGGGGGAGGUAUGCCUGGGGGAGGUGCGGCAGACGCUGAGGCAGCUGGUGCACAGGGUGGUGUUCGUGGCGAUAGUCUGCAUCUGCCGGCUAUGGAAGGUGCAUGUUGGUGGGCCAUGCCCGGGGGAGGUGCUAUCUGAUGCAGGCCGUGGAAGGGGUGUGCAGGGGGAGUGGGGGGCAAGUGGGGCAAGGGCAGGCAAGGCACUGAGGGAUGCCCAGGUGCUGUGGGGUGCGCCUGCUCCUUCAUGCCGCCCCCUUUUGCACUUCUCAUUGCCUGCUUCCCCUCCUUCCCCUCCUCUCCCCCGGCCAUCCCAUGGCAGGUACAUGAAGAAACGCACCUGGUUUUCCGAGCGCCGGCGCCCUCCUGUCCGGACUCGUGUGCCUUCCGCUUGUCCUUUACCUUCAUCACUGGCGUCUCCCCCUCCCCCCCCAUCUCCCCCUCCCCCCCCAUCUCUCCCUCCCCCCCAUCUCCCCCUCCCCCCCCAUCUCCUCCUCCCCCCCCAUCUCCUCCUCCCCCCCAUCUCCUCCUCCCCCCUUCUCCCCCUCUCCCCAUCCAUCUCAUGCCAGGUACCCGAGGAGACACAGCUGGUGUUCAGAGCACCGGCCCCUUCCUGUCUCGACUCGUGCGCCUUCCUCUCGCCCUCCGCGUUCAUCACGGGGGGUGACGACGGGUCGCUGUCGCUCUGGUCCGCCCUCAAGAAGAAGCCCGUGCAUGUCGUGCGGGCAGCGCAUGGCACCACCACCACUGCUGCUGCUGCUGGUACACCUGCCACGUCUGCUGCUGCUGAUGCCGCUCAAAAUGGCCUGCCCAACGGCGUUGCUGCCCAACAACCAGCAGAUGCAGCCCCUGACGCUGCACCAUUUGCCUCCGCCGCCGCUGCUGCUGCUGCUGCUGCUGCUGCUGCUGCUCCGUCUGUCUCAGCACCGGCAGCAGCAGCGAGUGCAGUGCAGUCGUGGGUGGGGGCUGUUGCCGUGGCGCCCGGCUCUGACCUGGCAGCCAGCGGGGCGGGCGACGGCAUUCUCAGGCUGUGGCAUUGCGACACGUCAGCGAACCGGCUGCGCCCCGUGGGAUCAC